AUGGCUAGAGAUUUAAAUACAGGAAUGAUUGUUUCAUUAAAAAAAAUAAAAAAAUCAACAUUAUUUAAAUUAAAUGUACAAAAUCAUAUAUUGAAUGAAAUUAAAAUCUAAUUCUUUUUAAAACAUAUAAAUAUGACUAAAUUAUAUGGAUUUUAUUUUGACAAAAAUUGUGUUUAUUUAAUCCAAGAAUAUGCUUCAAAUGGAAACUUGAAAUAAAAUUUAUAAUUGCAACUAGAAAACAGAUUUGAUGAAGAUACAGCGAUAUUUUAUAUAAAAUAAAUAUUAGAAGCAGUAUAAUAUUUACAUUAAAAUUAUAUAAUACAUAGAGAUAUUAAAUUAGAAAAUAUAUUGAUCUCCUAAGAUAUAAUUAAAAUUUCUGAUUUCGGAUGUAGUGUUUAUAGCCCAGAAUGUUAAAGAAGUACUUUUUGUGGUACUUUAGAUUAUAUAAGCCCAGAAAUGGCUAGUGGAAACAACUAUGGAAUUAGUAUUGACAUUUGGAGUAUAGGAGUUAUUACUUUUGAAAUGUUAACUGGAAAACCUCCAUUUAUUUAUAGUAAUAAUGAAUAAAUGCUUUAGUAAAUUAGAGAAGCGAAAAUUAAUAUUCCUAGUUAUAUUUCAAAAGAUGCAUAAAAUUUUAUUAGUAAUAUAUUAGUAAAAGAACCUGAUGAAAGAAUGAAUUUAUAUUAAUUAAUAAAUCAUUAAUGGCUUAACAAGAAUACAAAUAAAUCUUAAUAAAAUUAAUAAAUUACAAACGAUAUAAUUAAAUUGUUGAGAUGA